AGUUUCGUUUCAGCUUUCGUGGCUGACCGACGUGGAUUUGUCGAUGAAAAUACAACAAUACUAUUAAUAAAUAAACGUAAAAAGUCACGUUUCGAAUUAUAACAACACAAACAAUCAUUUGUAUUUCAAGAUCAGUUUUUGCUAACUUCGCACGAUUUGUAGUGAUUCAGAUUAAAAUAUAUUAAGUACUUUAAAAAACGUUUUCAGUUAGAAUUUAUUUUUUGUUUACAUCAAGCUUCGAAUUCAGGUAAGAUGGUGGCGCGACCACGGUCACCGUGUGGCGCCCUGCUGCCACAAUUCUACGCUGGCAGGGACAUCUUCAUCACUGGAGCCACUGGUUUUAUGGGAAAGGUAUUGAUAGAGAGGCUGCUAGCAACAUGUCCAGACAUCGGUCGUCUGCAUCUCCUCAUGAGACAAAAGAAAGGCGUCACUCCAGAAAAACGAUUGCAACAACUUAUACAGUCACAGGUUUUCGAUGUAAUCCGCCAAACGAAUCCUUCACAGUUAGACAAGUUAUGCAUGAUCCCGGGAGAUGUAUCACAACCAGAACUUGGCAUUCCUUUACAGUGUCUACGUCAACUACAAGAGGUGUCUAUCGUCUUCCACUCGGCAGCGACGCUGAAGUUCGACGAGCUGUUGUCAACAGCCGUGGAACAAAACGUGUUGUCCAUUAUACGCGUCAUGGAUCUUUGUGACACCCUUCCCAAUAUACAGGCCUUGGUGCACGUGUCAACAGCCUACAGCAACCCAGAGCUCAACGUCGUCGAGGAAAAAGUGUACGACGCCCCGGCCUCUCUCCCGCGUCUUCUAGCGCUGGUCGAGGCUGUACCCACACCACUUCUUGCCAAUAUCACGCCAGAGUAUAUAAAGCCUAAACCCAACACGUAUACGUUCACUAAGGCGAUGGCAGAGGAAGCGGUGCGGAGCAGGACCAAUAGGAGUUAUCCCGUCGCCAUCUUCAGACCUACCAUAGUUAUAUCUUCUCAGCGCAACCCAUAUCCUGGCUGGAUAGAGAACCUGAACGGUCCAAGCGGCGUCAUCGCUGCAGCAGGCAAGGGUCUGCUGCACGUCUUCUGCAGGAAACCACACGUGAGGGCCGACCUUCUGCCGGUUGACAUCGCCAUUGAUACUCUGCUGGCCGUGGCGUGGGAGACUGCUGUGGACAAGCUUCCCGAAGUGCGUGUCUACAACUGCAGUACAUACGAAAACCCGACAACGUGGCUGGAGUUCGAGCAGGCGCUUCAGCAAUAUCUCCCUCGCUUCCCACUAGACAACUGCAUCUGGUAUCCCAGCGGGUCAGGAGUGGAGAAUCGAUAUGUACAUAAGCUAUUGCAGUUUCUUCUACAGACUGUCCCGCUUCACGUGGCUGAGUACAUCAUGCGAACUUGCGGAAUUAAAAUGAAAGUUAGUCUAAUAUUAGCCGAACAGAAAAUGCGCGCAAUGGAUGACGUGCUCGCGUUCUUUGCUCUGAGAGAGUGGCAGUUCAAGACAGAUAACGUAGCGAAGCUUCGGGACAGGCUCUCGGCCAGUGAUGCUGCCAUUUACAAUUUGGAUACUAAAAGUAUUGACUGGAACGAACAGUACAAAAACUUCGUAAAAGGCACAAGAAAAUAUUUGCUGAAAGAAAAGGAUCAAGAUAUAGCGGAGGCGAAGCGACACACUGACAGAAUGUAUUAUUUACACAAAGCGAUGCAGUUCUUCGUGAUGGUUUUGCUCUUUAGGCUUAUGAUACAGAACAAGUCUAUAAGAGAUGUUAUCUACGGCACGCUGCGACUGCUGUUCUCUCUUUUAUUUGCCACUUUCGGUAAUGUAAUAGGUAUUGCAUGAAAGAGGUAGAUUUUAUACCUAGUCUAUGUACUUGUAAGUUUUAGUUUAAUGUAAAUCAUUAAAUUCAAAGUACAACUAAUCGUAAAAUAAUUAUUUCGGUGUUGUUUUUAAUUAUUAGGUGCUUUUAUGAAUCAAUAAUUUGUAAGAUUGUAACAUAAACAUACCUAUGUUGCUCAAAGAAUGAAUAAAUAAGAAGCGAGAUUGGUGAUUGUGCUUCAUUCAAUCUCUUUUGUAACUUUUACAAAAUAUUUGAAUGUUCUAUAACUGUUUCAUAAAACUGUACUUUACCUGCAGAUAGUUUAAAUUAUAAUUUUAUAAUUAAAUAUAAGUUAUGUGCCUAUUAUCUUAAGAAAAAUAAAAUAAUAAGUAUCCAUAUUUGAACUUUGGUGGUAGUGUUUAGGUAUAUAAGAUAAUAUUUAAUUGUAAAUAAUAAUUUAUGAACACAAAUACUUAUACUUAAUAGCUUUAAUUUUGAAAUAAAAGUUAAUGA